GGCGGGCAGCACUGUACGCCUGAUGGGAGUGGCGCCGGUGGGUAUGGCUUCUCGUCGAGCUUUGCACUUCGUAUUCAAAGUGGGAAACCGCUUCCAGACGACGCAUUUCUUUCGCGAUGUCCUUGGAAUGAAGAUUCUGCGGCAUGAGGAAUUUGAAGAGGGCUGCAAAGCUGCCUGUAAUGGGCCUUAUGAUGGGAAAUGGAGUAAGACAAUGGUGGGAUUUGGACCUGAGGAUGAUCAUUUUGUCGCAGAACUGACUUACAAUUAUGGCAUCGGACACUACAAGCUUGGCAAUGACUUCAUGGGUAUCACACUCGCUUCUAACCAGGCCGUCAGCAAUGCCAGAAGGCUGGAGUGGCCACUCAGCGAAGUUACGGAAGGUGUUUUUGAAACUGAAGCCCCAGAAGGAUAUAAGUUCUAUUUGCAGAAUCGAAGUCCACCUCAGUCAGAUCCUAUAUUAAAAGUAACUCUAGCAGUGUCUGAUCUUCAGAAAUCCUUGAACUACUGGUCUAAUCUACUGGGAAUGAAAAUUUAUGAAAAAGAUGAAGAAAAGCAAAGGGCUUUGCUGGGCUAUGCUGAUAACCAGUGUAAGCUCGAACUACAGGGUAUCAAAGGUACAGUUGAUCAUGCAGCAGCUUUUGGAAGAAUUGCCUUUUCUUGCCCCCAAAAAGAGUUAUCAGACUUAGAAGACUUAAUGAAAAGGGAGAACCAGAAGAUUCUGACUCCCCUGGUGAGUCUGGAUACCCCAGGGAAAGCAACAGUGCAAGUGGUCAUUCUGGCUGACCCUGAUGGACAUGAAAUUUGCUUUGUGGGGGAUGAAGCAUUUCGAGAACUUUCUGAGAUGGAUCCAGAAGGAAGCAAAUUGUUGGAUGAUGCAAUGGCGGCAGAUAAAAGUGAUGAGUGGUUUGCUAAACAAAAUAAAGCAAAGGCUUCGGGUUAACAGAAGACAUCUCAUGGAACAGCAUUUGUGAUUCCUGUCUAGCACCUGCAAGGCCUGAUGUGUCUGUCCAUGCCUGAUAAACGCUCUCACAACUUGGUUGUUUCCUGUACAGGCAAGGAGGCUGGGGUGGUGAAGAUCUGUGUGUUUUAAUCUUUGAAAGCUCCAAGACACAUUUAGAAAUAAAAUCUUACUGUUGUCAGUCCCAUUA